UUUAUAUUGUAAAGGUGGAUUUAAAAAAAAAAAAUAUAUAAAUAUGACUAUUACCAGAUUUGACGAGUCUUCUUAAUUCUUUGGAUGUGAUAUACUUUCAAAUAUCUUCUGUGCGCAAUCAUUAUGAGUUGAUUGUUUUUUCCUUAAAUGUACUGAGACAGGGUAAUUCAGAAGUCUCUGGGCAAUAAAUUUGAUCUCACCAUCGAAGUAGUCGUCAAUCUAUCAAAUAUUAUACAUCUGUUCUUUACCUUGGGAAGUUUAUGAGUCUUAUACUGUACUAAACCGAGGCUUUCAUCUCGUCUCAAGAAGAGCCAUAGUUCUUGAAAAUAGUCCAAUUUCUUUUCAGAUGGGCAACGCAUUCGUUUUAUAAAAGAUACUGACAUGUAUGCUGCAUACAUUGUACUUGUUUCUGGUGUCUUACUUGAUGGUAAUCUAUAAAUAUUGGCACUUGGUAUCUUACUAUUGUACCAUAUGUUAGAGUUAUCGUGAUACUUGUCAGAGUCAAAUAUUUUUUUACUAUUAUGGCUGUUGUUAAUUAAUGUUAUGUGUGUAUAUGUUUCCCUGAGUUGCAACUUAACAACUCUGCAUUAAUUUUAUUUCUUCUUUCUAAAGGUUCUUGGCAUGCUCUGCAGUCUCACAUCAUUUGACUUCCAAAUUUUAACUGGUAUCCAAGUGGUAAGAGGAACUGAAUUAGAGAAAGAAAUCAUGAAGUCAGUAGUUUCUUUCUGGCUUAAAUGGUUUGUAAUAAAGGUCUAAUUACUUACGUCAAAGGUUCCGGUCAAGUUUUGACUAUGUUCUUAGCUCCAUCUGGCUUAUUGGAGUAGGCUUCCUGGAUAAAUGAUUCUAGUGGUGGUUUAUAGCUUUGAAAAUUUCAUACGAGCUCUGCCAAUGCUAUGCCGGUGGCAUUGGUACUUGGGUCAACUUUUGUGUCUGCCUUGGUCAUAACAAAUGUUGUGUCACAAAUGAUCUUUUGUGGCUGUUGGCAGAUGAUUCAGUGUCUUUGUUAUAUCCAUCAAAUGAGAUACACUGAAGUUUGUGCAACAAUGAUUUGUAGCUAAGAUAAAAGAAUUUUUUGAUAUAUAUUGGUAUUAAUAUCUUACCAAGAUGGUGUAGAUAUCCAAGUCAAAAAACAGUACUUUUGAGUUUUGAUAGACUAAUCUAAACUGGUCUAUUUCGGUUUACUUCUGUCUUGUUAAGUUGAUUUGAGAAAGAUAUGCAUGAUUGAUAGCAGUUACAGGUUCUUUUACUAAUAUGGUUGAUAUUUGCUUUUCUUUGUUGAAUUUAUCACAUCUCUGUUGCUUUGUGCUCGUAAUGGCUACUCAUUUUAAUGUGAUCUUUGUUUCAAUGCCAACUUUAUAUGUUCUCUGACAUAUUUAAUUUUCAAAUAUAGAUCGGGAACUAUGAAUGGGUCAUUUAAUGGGCAGGUAUUAGCGGACAAGCUUACCAAGUUGAACAAUGGACAGCAGAGUAUAGAGACUUUAUCACAUUGGUGCAUCUUCCAUAGAAAAAAAGCAAAGCAGGUUGUGGAAACAUGGCAGCAACAAUUUUAUUGUGCUCCAAGAGAUCAACGAAUAUCUUUCCUAUAUCUAGCAAAUGAUAUUUUGCAAAAUAGCAGAUGGAAGGGUCUGGAGUUUAUUGAUGAGUUUUGGAAAGUUAUCCCUGGUGCCCUUAGUGAUGUAUUUAAUAAUGGGGGUGAGAUUGGAAGAAGCACUGUAGUAAGAUUGAUGGACAUAUGGGAAGAACGCAAAGUCUUUGGUUCUCAUGGACAAGUACUUAAGGACAAUAUUUUGGGAAGCGAUAAUGGGAAUAAAAAUAUAAACGAGAAGGUCAUUAGAUACAAGUUGAAACAUCCAUCUGGAGAACAGUUGGAGGAGCUCAUUUCAGGCUAUACUCAUAUUUAUGAUCUUCCCUAUGACGAAGACACUUUAUAUGGAAAUUGUCAAGCAGCUACUAACCUCGUUGAUGAAGUGGAUAAGGAACUUGUGAGUGAGUUAGGAGGGAAUUCCAAUGGAUCUGGAGUAGUCAGGAAGAUGCAGGUACAGCAUGGUGUAUUAAGAGAAUGCAUAGAACAACUAAAAGUUAUUGAAUCCUUGAGAGCAACUCUGAUCACCUAUUUAAGAAAGGCACUUCACGAACAGGAGUCAAAGUUUGAACAGGUCCAUCAACAACUUCAGGCUGCUCAAUCAAGAUAUGAACAAUCAGUCAACUUACAUAAGCAGCUCGGUACUGGUCCCUCAUCACCUGAUCAAAGGCUUAACAACUCAUCAGCUUUCCCUGACAGCCCACCUAAACUUAUCCCUCAAUCCGGUGCUGGCACCAGAUCACAAACUACUGCAGGCAGAUACAGCCAGGAUAGACUUCCUGGAGACAAUAAUGCUCCUGUUACAGACAGGUACCCAGAAACAGCAGCUGCUGCAGUUGCACCACAGUUUGCAGCUUCCACUUCCACUUCUCAGAUGCUGAUACAUGUCCACACCUCUCCAGCUUCUGAUGGCAUCUUUAGCCUUUCAAUUAAAGAAGACCACCCUACUGAUAACAAGAGGCUUAAACUAGAGGACAAUGUGCCACCACCAUUGCCACAGCUUCGGCCGCUCUUGCCAUCAUUCCUGCAUCCUGAUUUGUUAAAUCAGCCUCCGCCGCUACAGCCAUCAUUUCCUGUUACACAACCAAGUUCAAGAACAAUGCCACCACCACCUCCUUUCCUGCCUAUGCCACUACCACCACCUCCACCAACUACACCCCAAUUCAUGCAGUUUUCUUCUGGACCUACAAUGCCUUUUGGUUAUGGCUCAGUUCCUUUCCCAAACUACCCAAUGCAUGGCAUGCAACUCUAUCCAAGUCUCAUAAACCAGCCUUAUGGUCUUCAAUCCUCGGAGGGGUUCAUUCAGUUAGGCCAACCGCCAUUGCCAACUGCACCACCACCACCACCACCUCCACCUUGAACCAACAACAAGAGAAGGCGAAGAAGGGGUGCUGUUAGGUUCAGUAGUUGUCAUGUAUCCAUGGUUGUGACCGUAAACAUGUAUAUUAAGAUACCUGCUUCACAGCUCCUGAAGAUAGUCAUCCUGGAGAAGAACAUGAGGACCUUAUAUCUAAUGGUAAUCUGACCUAUUGCCUGCGGAAGAGAUGUUUAAGUUGUAGUCAUUCUUUUUGUUUCUGGAGAUUCAUGUUGAGCUUUCCCAGGAUUUGUCGUGGCCUGAUGCCUGGGUGGCUGCUGGCACAGAGUUUGGUCAGAUGUAUCCUCAACUCAACCGAGGGAGAAUUGUAAACCUGGGAUCGAACAUGAAAUGUGGUGUAAGUGAACAAUAUUGGAUGACACAGAAUGGUGUAAAAAUUGAGCAGCCAAAUCAAUCGUGCGGUUCUCAUG